CUCACUCGGCUGUCGGGCACCACGUGACCAGCAGCUUGAUGUGAGCGCUCACAGGUGUCGUCCGCUCUGUCACCUGCUGGCAUUUGACUUCUGUGACACACGUCAUAGCUCACCUGAGUGUCCCCGGAUGUGCUGAAGAAGAUACUGUCAUUUAUCACUGGAGUCAAAAAAGCGAGAAGAAAAAAGAAUACAGAACAUUAACUUUUCAUGCUCAUCUUAGUCAUAAAAUUAACUUCCAAGAUUUGAAGUUCGAGAUUUCCAAGGACCGUGUGACGUAAGACAGAAGUGUUCUUCAAGCGUGAAGGUGUAGGUAGGUAUGUGAGUAAUAACAGACAGCACGUGCUCAGAAUUAGCACAAGACACAGGAGAUGAGCUCGGUGACACAAAUGACUGUGUGCUGCUAGCAGCUCUGUACUGACCACUCAGCCAGGUGUGACGGCGACAAGGUGUGCGAGCUUUUUGCAGGUGAAGCCAGCGCCACAGACCAGAGGACUGUACACGGCACUCCCCCUGCAUGCUCGAGCCUGUGCUACAAUGUUUCUCUCACGUGGAAUACUUCUGUUGAUCAGCUUCAUUGUUGGCACAAGGAGUGUAGACGUGUUGCUUGAGUGUCAAACAGGCUGGACUAGGGUCGGAGUGUACUGCUACCGGCUCUUCCCUGAUGGUCUGCCCUGGGACAGCGCGGAGAGAGUCUGUCAAAGCUAUGGAUCUCACCUGAUCAAGGUGAAGGACUACUAUGAGAAUGACGAGAUUGGGAAUUUCGUCAACGGCACCGGAACCAUAGAAUACUGGACUGGCGUGACGCGUCAGGGCACUUCCGCCAGCGACGGGCGAGCUUUGCUGUGGAGCGACGGGGGGCGCGCGGCGGUGUCCGUGGGCUGCUGGAACAACUUCCAGCCCAACACCACACUUGGGCAGUGCGUCACCUCCAUCAUCGCCGGCCGGCUAGUGCGCUGGCAGCUACAGCCGUGUGAACAGAAGACCGCCUACGUCUGCCAACGGCCCGCAGCUCCUGCUGGGUCUUUCCAUUGUGUCAACGGUCAGUUUGUCCGGCGCAAUCUCACCUGCGAUGGCGACGACGACUGUGCUGAUGGGUCUGAUGAAAUCAACUGCGACAAGAGAUGCCAUUUCGACCUGCAGGACUCCAACGGAACUAUUAUGUCCCCAAACUACCCCAACGAGUACCCAAACCAGGCCAACUGUCUGUGGAGGAUCCAGGCUCCACUUGGCUACAACGUCCGCUUGCAGUUUAAGGACUUCAGCACGGAGUCCCAGGCAGACGUAGUGUCGGUUCUUGCUGGCGGUCUGACUUUGGCCAACUCCCGCCAGAUGGCGAUGCUGUCGGGCAAAAUCAGCGGCAGCGCCCUUCCUGUCUACACCAGCAACAACAACUUUAUGAUCGUCACCUUCUCCACCGACAUCAAAAUAAGCAACAGCGGCUUUCGCGCUGUCUACUCAACAGUGAAGGCUCAAGACUUACCCCAGCCGAUGAUGCUGACUGCCACCAGUACACCUAAAGAUCUGUACUCACCUCUCUACCCCGAGUACCUGAGUUCCCAGGACUAUACCUGGAUCAUCCAGGCUGAGCAGCGACGACAGCUGGUGACACUGGAGAUUAUCGAAGUGGACCUGAAGGGCAACGACCGCAUCCUCAUUCGAGAUGGAGACUCUGUCAGCAGUAACCUAGUAACCGAGCUGACAUCAUCCGGAGGGAGACCGCCCUACGCCCUUUCCACGGGACGUAGCUUGUACAUCACCAUGCAAACCAGAGGUCUGGCUACCGGAAAAGGGUUCCACUUCCGGUACUGGCAAGGUUGCAGGGUGCAGCGAAAUGGUACGAGUGGCGAGCUUCACUCUCCUGGUUUUAACGGGGACAAGGGGCAGUACGGGGAGUACCAGUCGUGCACCUAUGACGUCAUAGUCCCUCCUGGACAAACCGUCAGCGCUGUCUUCAACUACUUUGAUGUCCACCCGUCUGACGUGCUGAGGGUCUACAUGCCUGGCAACAAGAUCCUUGAACUUCGAGGCACCACACAACCCUCGUCCAUCACCUUCAACGACUCCUUCAAGAUGGAAUUUAUUUCCGAUGCCAUCACCGUCAGCCGAGGAUUCUCUCUCACCUACUCCAUCGCUUGUUCUGCCCCUGUCUUCAACGCCCAGACAUCCGUGACGUCAUCAGAUGCAGCCGUGACGUCAGCAGUGUCGGCCUUUAACCUCGGCACGAGUGUCACUGUGUCAUGUGUCACUGGCUACACUUUCUACGCCGCGGAGCACCGCAACACCAGCGCCGAGGCCGGCUUCGUGGGGCUUGACCGCGUGACCAUGACGUGUGUAGAGGGCGGCCGCUGGGACGUCCACUCCUUGCCCCGCUGUGAACCGCGGUACUGCGGCAAAGCGCCCCCUGUCGCCAACGCCUACAUCUCGCAGUCGACGGGUGUGACGUACCAGGCCACCGUCAGGUAUGAGUGCUACCCAGGCUUCUCCAUCACCGGCUCCAGCACCAUCAUGUGUUCGUCACAAGGCGUGUGGACCACUGCCCCAUCCUGCACCACGUCGUCCUGCUCGGCUCAGCCCAUGACCAUUCCAAAUGGUGCAGUCAACGUCACUUCCGGUGAUGGAACCAGCUUCGGCUCUAUCCUGGAGUACAGCUGUAGCCGCGGUUACCAGCUGGCGGGGUCACCCAUCUUGUUCUGUGGGUCCAGCGGCAGCUGGUCUGCCAGUGCGCCGACAUGUCAAGCCUUGACCUGUCUGGUGCCAACUAUACCCAGAGCCACGGUGACACACAGCGGCACCCUAGUCCCCCUUGGCACGAGCGUCACCGCCACGUGUAACGCUGGCUACGUCACCAGCCUUCCAGGGGGAUCACUCACUGUGACGUGCGACGCUACUCGGACAUUUCCAGGGUUAUCGGACUUGACGUGUACCUUCCAGGACAGGUGUGUGUCAGAGCCCGGCUACUGCUCGCAGCUUUGCCAAGACUCCAUGACCGAGGGCCGGAAGUGCAGUUGUAACCUUGGUUAUUCUCUGGCACCGGAUGGCAGGACUUGUGGCGACAUCGACGAAUGCCAAGUCGAAAACGGAGGUUGUGAUCACAUCUGCAAGAAUACCCCGGGUAGCUACCAGUGCGAAUGCAAGUCCGGCUACAAGCUUUUCGCCAACAACGGGGACGAGGGCUUCACGGUGGCCAGGACCGAGGACGGCACGCGCGCCGGCGACAUCAGAAGACUGCACCACACCUGUGUCCCUGUGCGAUGUCCCGCUCCACCAGUGGUCGCUAGCGGCAAGUGCUGGUCGACAAGUCCAGCUACCACUAUCAGGACCACGUGGAGUACCUGUGUGACCUCGGCUUCCAGCUGCAAGGCAGAGACACACUCACCUGCUCCGCCACCGGCCAGUGGGACUUACCUCCCCCUGUGUGCGAAGGUCGUGCAGUUCGGACACAAUGUGACCUUGACCUGUGACGUGCCAGGGCGAGGGGUCGUCUCCAAGUACCGCUGGUGUGUGUACUACCAGGGGCGGUGCCAGCUCGCAGGCGCGGACAACGAAUGCGGGUUGGUGGAGUGCGGGCGGCCCAAGAGCAUGCCAGGGAGCCAGAGUGUUCCUCCCAGCAGCUCGGUGUACGGCGCCUCCUUCCAGUUCGUCUGUCAGAACCUCUACAACAUCCUCGGCAACAGCUCCAGGGACAGAACUGUGCGAUGCACGAGCAGCGGAAUCUGGGACUUUGGUGACCUUCGGUGUGAAGGUGCAAGGUGUGAGGACCCAGGGCGGCCCCCAGACGGGACCCAGAAUGCCACGUCUUACAACCAGGGCGAGCUGGUCAGCUUCCGGUGCAGCAGGCCUGGCUUUACUUUGUCCAACCCUCAUCCCAUCCAGUGCCAGAUGAACCCCAGUGGCUCGGCAUUGUCCUUCAACGCCAGUGCCCCGACCUGUCAAGACACCCAGGCUCCCACCCUGAGCUGCAACACCAGCUUGGAGGCCUCGAGGUACGCUCGCCUGUCCGAUGUGGUGUCCGUCCCCACGGUGCAGGACAACGCAGGGGUCAAGAUGUUCAAGAUCACAGAAGCUGCAAAGUGCUCGCCCUUGUCACUGCGAGAACCAAUCCACGGCAAGAGGAACUGUCACGAAAACACGGAUAACUCUGGGUACCAGUGUCAGCUCUCUUGUGAACCCGGGUACGUGUUCUUUGAGCAGGGCUCCGACACGGCCAUCGUGAAGACUUGCAACGAUGGUGACACCUGGCAGGGACCCCCUGUGUCAGCCUGUGUCAUUGCCAACCAGCUCUCGCAGGAAACGUUGUUCCGCCAAACGUUCCGCUUCAACUACACUCAGAUGGACAGCAGCGCCCCCUGUACCAACAGCCAACGGUACAUCGACCGCAUCGUCAGCAGCAACAGCUUAGAGGAAAGUGUCAAACCCCGUGAAGCUCAACUACGAGGGCGAUGUCUUCAUCAUCACCGAGUCCCUCAGACAGAACUUCACUCCCAUCUCCUGUCCCCCGCCAUCAGCAGCGCCACCCGCGGAGGCAGGCUUAUCUCGGAGGAAUUUUUCUGCUUCCUCGGCAAACAGAUCACGUGGGCAGGCAAACAAGCGUGUGUGAGCUGUUCAGAGGGGAUGCGUUCUGCCAGCAAUAACACCUGCGAGGUGUGUCCACCUGGUACCUACAAUCAGAACCCAGGGCAGAUGGCCACGUGUACAAACUGUCCGGCGGGGACCUCCACCCAGGCGGGGGCCGUCAGCAGCAGCGAGUGUACAGCGAUGUGCUCUCUCGGGACCUACUCGGCUACAGGCUUACCUCCCUGUCAAAUGUGUCCUAAAAACACUUACGGCGUCAACAGCACGUAUUGCGCCCCUUGUGCGUCAGGCCACGUGACCAGGACUUCCGGUUCAACGUCUGCAUCGCAGUGCCUGGCGCCAUGUGCUGCGGGUACCUACAACGUCAUCGACGGCCACGGCAGUUGCUCUCCGUGUCCCGCCAACUUCUACGCCAGUCAGGUGGGGGCGCAGUUUUGCACGGAGUGUGGGGGCAACACCUACACCACCUCCACAGCCUCCACCACUCAGUCGGCGUGUGUAGAAUUCACCGGAUGUACCGGCAAAGCUAACCCGUGUAAAAAUGGAGGAACAUGCAGCAUCGCCGAGCACACGACAGUUUGCACCUGUCCAGAGGGUUUCCUGGGAGAGUUCUGCGACCUGCCAGUCAACCGCUGCGACUCUAGUCCCUGCUACAACGGCGGCACCUGCACCAUCGACAGCAGCGGCAACCCCGUGUGUUCCUGUCCUACAGGUUCCAGUGGAUCCAGGUGUGAGGUCAUCGCCAAAACGUGUCAGUCGGACACCUGUCAAAAUGGCGGGGCCUGCAGGAACGACCUCAACUCCUUUACCUGCCUGUGUCCACUCGGCUUCUCUGGCAACAGGUGCCAGACUGCAGUGAAGCUGUGUGAGCCCAACCCCUGUCAGCAUGGCGGCACCUGUCAGAGCUUUAACAACGUCCGCUACCAGUGCCAGUGUCGCAGUGGUUACCAAGGCGACAACUGUGAACUCAACAUCGAUGACUGCGCAUCUAACCCCUGUCUGCACGGCGGCAACUGCACGGACCUGGUGGACGCCUAUCAGUGCACCUGCCCACCCGGCAGGUACACAGGCCCCAACUGCGAGACGAGGAUCAGCAGGUGCAGUCCCUCCCUGUGUGGCCCUGGCCAGUGUGUGGAGGAUCACGUGCACGACACCUUCCGCUGCAUCUGCAAACCCGGAAGUGCUUACGGGGUGGUGUGUCAGUUUGAAGCUUUUUUUGGCGUUGAGGUCAACAGUCCAGUGAAUUACACCUACGUGCAGUCAGGUGUGAUGGCGACGACCUGUCUGGAGAUGUGUGAGGAAGUGGACUGUAGCGAGGUCAUGUUCGACAACGCCACCUUGACCUGUAGAAUUGUGGACCCCGCGGAUCGAGUCCCGUCUGUCGCCAAUGGCUCCCACAUUUAUUACAUCAGGAUAUGUCAGCAAGUAGAAGAAUACUACUGGACACCUUGGUAUGACAGCUUUCUCCCGGGCGACAACAUUAACAGCGGAGAUGACGAACAGAGAAGCAGCCUCAUGGCGCUGGGCCUGAAUAUUUGUGAGGGCACACUGCCCGUGGAGGCCCAGUGCAAGACGGUGAAUGGAACUCCGUCUACAGACGUGCUGGACGUGCCGUGCACCCCCGACCUCGGGCUGCUGUGUUUCAACCAACAACAGUCGGACCAGCGGUGUGACAACUACGAGAUCCGCUUCAAGUGCCUCUCCUCCAGAGUGCCCUCCCUGGCGGCCUCUCCUUGCGAAGCCAUCGACUACUGCAGCAACAACAACGUGUGCAGCUACAACGGCACCUGCACCUCCAUGUCCACUGAGGCGACGUGUGACUGCUACCCGGGGUUCACCGGGUCACGCUGUCAGCACAACGUGGACGACUGCGCUGCCACACCUGGCGCAUGUCUGAACGGUGCUACCUGUCGAGACAUGUACGGCACCUACGCCUGUGACUGCGCACCUGGCUAUACAGGAAGUCAGUGUGAGACAAACAUCGACGAUUGCAGCGCCGCCCCGUGUUCAUUGACUGGCACCCAGGGGUGUGUGGACCAGGUGAAGGGCUACCUGUGUGACUGUCAGGCGGGCUACACAGGCAGACACUGCGAGGUGAACAUCGACGACUGUGCCAGCAUGCCCUGCCUACAUGGAAGCACCUGCAUCGACAGGGUCAACGGCUUCCACUGCACCUGUCCUGCUGGAUGGGAGGGUGACAGGUGUCAGGUCAUGGUGAAGUCGUGUCAGUCCAACCCUUGUGGCAACUCUGCUACUUGUUUGAAUUUGUUCGCCGACUUCUUCUGCAGCUGUCUCCCUAACACCUACGGUAAGACGUGCAGCAGUGCGUCCAGUGUGUGCACCAGUGCCAACCCUUGUCUCCACGGCGGCCAUUGCGUGGAAAGUUCUGGAAUGACCAUGUGUCAGUGCACCAAUGAGUACGAGGGCGAGGGCUGUGAGAUCCAGAAGGACGUGUGUAGCGGCAACCAGACGGUGUGUCACAAUGGCGGCACGUGCGUGUCGGCCUCCAGUGGCUCCUACUCCUGCCACUGCUUGGACGGGUUCAGUGGCCCCAGUUGCGAGCGGAACAUCGAUGACUGCGCUGGAAGCACCUGCCAUCCUGGCAGCACGUGCAUCGACAUGGUCAACACUCACUUCUGUCGCUGUCCUGUCGGCUUCUCGGGGGACCUCUGUGACAAAGCAAUUGAGGUGAACUUCGACCUAAAGUUCUCACUACCAGAAAAGAACAAUAUGGCUGCUCUUGGCUACCCGAUUCACCUGAAGGGUGGAGGCUUCACCAUCACCUUGUGGAUUAAAUACACAAACAGGGAGAGUGGCCUGGGCACCAUCUUCACCGCCUUUCAAGUUCCGCAAGCCAACAGUCUGGCAGACAAGAGGGAGUUACUGCGCCUGGACCGCCAGGGGCUGGUUGUGUCCCUUGACGGCACGACUCGCCGCCUCAACUCGUCUGUCGACUACUUCCACGAUGGAGCCUGGCACUACAUCGCCAUCUCGUGGAAUGCCACCACCGGCCUCUUCUCCUUCUUUGUCGACACCAUCAGAAAUCCUAUCUACAACUACAACACGGCGGUCGAUCUUGACAUGUACGUGUGGCUGGUUCUGGGCUGCUACUACAACACCACCGACACGUGCACCAGAGGAGACGGGUACAACGGCUACGUCAGCCAGGUGUCGCUGUACAACAGGGAGCUGCUCUUCACGGAGGAGCUGACAGUCAUCGGAAACUCUGACCCGUUCGCCAGGUUCCCGGGUGUCCAGAUGACGUGGGGCGAGUUCCUGCUGUACCCCGGAGUCACUCGCGUGUACCCGACCAAGGUUGAUGCCAGCUGCCCGCAAGGGUUUACCAGCCACCCGAGCUGCACUAUACCUAUCCCAGGAAAACAAAUGGUGUCCGUCAGUGGCGACACCUGCCCCAAAGACAUCAUCCUCUACAGCAGCAAGCGCGUCACGCAAGUCACGUGGGCCGAACCCACCUUCAGCGGCAGCGCCAGCUCCGUUGUCUCCGCGCUUUCCUCUGGCUCCGUCUUUCUGUGGGGCAAGUACCGCAACAUCAUCCUGGCGACCAACAGGGACGGCAACCAGGCUUUGUGUAGCUUUGACAUCUACGUUCAGUAUGACCAGUGUUCGACUCCCAGCAAGCCACUGAUGGCUGACCAGGUGUUCUGCGCCAACUUCACGGACGACGAGCGGCGCGGCUACCGCCAGUGCUCCCUCAACUGCAUGAAGAACUACACACCUGUCGUCCCCACCCCCGAUGUUUACACCUGUGGGCCCGUGGGCAGCUGGGACCCUCCCAGCAUGUACAAGAGGUUCACCCUCCCUCCGUGUGGAAAAAUCAACACUCCCACCAGACGAGUCAUCGCCACCAUCGCGUACGAGGUUCCGUCGAAGGAGUGCGUGUACCUGAGGAACGAGUUGGCCCGCAGGAUGACAGGUGUGCUGAUGACCGAGAACUCGGCCUGGUCCAGGCAGCUGUGUAAAGCCCCCGACUGCAGCGACAUCCCCCUGGACAUCAGCUGCCAGACCAACAAUGUCGGCGGACAGAAGCUUCAGGUCACUCACCCCACCAACCUGACGGUCAGCCUCACCAUCGACAAUGCUCCGACUCGACUGACCAGCACCAACGACAGCUCCAUGUCCAUCUCGCCUGAGAACCUCUUGCAGCUGAUGACUUUGACCCGGGGUAGUUUCGACUUCGGGAACUACAUCGCCGAGGCGGAGCCGAACCCCGACAGGUCGGACAUUCAGAUCCGACUGCAGUGUCCGGCGCCCCAGGGCUUUGUGGACAACGAGUGUGUUGACUGCUCACCCGGCUCGUACUACGACAACACCACCCUGUCCUGCGUGCUGUGCCCCGUGGGUAGAUACCAGGCCAAGUACGGGUACACCACCUGCGACACCUGCUCCAUAGGCACCACAACCGAGUCCGCAGGAAGUAGUUCCUCCCAAGACUGCAAACGUAGCUGUCCACCCGGCUACAUGUAUGAUGUCGUCAACGAGACGUGCGCAGAGUGCGGCCAAGGUUUCUACCAGAACAACUCCGGCCAGUUCUUCUGCUACCCGUGUCCCGUGGACAAGACCACCCGUCCAGACAGGAGCCAACUCCUCCACCCUGUGUUUCAACGAUUGUCCACCCGGCGAGGAGCUGACAGAGAACGGGUCGUGCACCCCGUGUACCAUCGGCUUCUUCAAGCCCAGUGGGGAGACCCUGUGUGGCCCUUGUCCAAUGGGGCUCGUCACCAACGACACGGGCGCCGAGAGUCUCGCCGACUGCAACGUGGCUGACAACAGGCCCGGCUUCAUCCGCCUGCGGCCAGACGAGACGAGGACGAUGCCGUGUCCUAUCGGCACGUACCAGGACCAGAAGUGGCAGUACACGUGCAUCUCGUGCGGCGGCCACAACUACCGCACGGACUUCAUGGCCGCCACGUCCCCCCGCGACUGCAAGUUCUUCUGCCCCGCGGGCAGGAGCGGGAUGGGAACCUGGAGGCGUGCAGGCCGUGUGACGUGGGCUACUACAGGACCGGUGAGAACCCCUACAGCCGCUGUGAACUUUGCCCCAACAACACGCGCACCGACACCACGGGAG